CUGAUCGACUUGGUUGGCGAGGUUGGCGAGUUUGAUGCUUUUGCUUCGGGGUGCAAAGUAAGUGCAAAAUCGUAGCCAUUUGGAAAAGUGAAGAAAAAUAUUCUGCAUCAUCCAAAGUAAAAGGCUAGUUUCUUGUGCAAAACGUCGCGAAAGUGAAUCUUUGUUGGAAUACGUAUUAGCUAGCUUCCGGUAGGUCCGGCCAUGGCCCCGAACCCGAGUUUUGCAUGAAUGUCGGGAGUAAAAAUCUGCUGUUUCGCUUGACGUAGAAAGUAACAAACGAACGAAGAAGAAAAAGAAGCAACUGCAUCGCUCAGUGAAUCCCCACAGUGAGCUGUUUUCAUCGAAGACAAAAAUAAAAAGAUCCGUUUUGUGGCGAUUCGAACGGGAAAAUAAAAACGGAAAAAGAUUUAGAGCGGUGGUAGAAUACGCGGGGGCAGCUGGGAUAGGGAGAAACUCACAUCGUCGUUGAUUGUGCUGUAUUAAUCGAUACGGUCGACAGCAACACUAGUAUAGCAACGUGACCUGUAACCACCGAAACACCCCUCCCGGCACGUACGGAGGGGGCUUAUUAUACACGGUCGGUUGAACAACGGAACGAGCAACACGUAAACGAGCGUCAUCGUUAAAAUACAAUUAAUACGCCGCCGCAUCUAUACAACAGAUGGAAGAGGGAAUACAUCAGCUGAGUGUUACGAUUGAGCACGCUUCCUUACGCAACAAUGGUUUCCUUAAGCCAAAUCCGUACGUGGAGAUUUCCAUUGACAAUAAAAGUACUCGCAAAACCGAUUUCCUGAAGAACACCAAUGCGCCCAAAUGGAACGAACGCUUCACGGUGAUUGUGUCGGCCAACUCGGUGCUGCACUUCCGAGUGCUGGACCACUCGAGCUUUCGGAAGGACUCGGUGCUCGGUCAACAGACGGUCUACCUGGCCAACAUUCUCGAACACUACAACGGAGUGCUGGAGAAUUUGGAACUGAGCAUGGACCUGCUGACGGAUGGUUCCAGCUCCAAGACAACCGAGCCAAGGCAGCCAACGAAAACCGGCGAACUGGUAGCAGUGUUGAAUGGGUUGAAGAUUGAUAUGCGCACGGUGGCAUUGCGAACUGGCAGCAGCGGGUCGGGACUGAACAGCCAUGGCAGUGAAGUUGCUGCCGGCGCCCAUACCAAUGGAAACGGGCACCUACAUCCUACUUUGGCGGACAUGCCCGGCACUAGCAACGGAACUGGCAGUAACCGAAGUAGCAUUCUAAACGGAGGCAUACGCGCACGUAUGCGACUACGUGGGUCCUCGUCACAAAGCCAGUCGUCUCAGUUGCAGACCCCUUCCAGUGCUGCUGGCAGUGUCCAGUCCUCGUCUACACAGUACCAACAAUCACAUCAUUCCCCUUCGUCGAUAAACCACGCCGUAAGCAAUAAUUCGGCAGCAGAUUGUGCGUCGAUUAACAAUACCACGGCUAAUUUCAAUGACUUAAGUAUACAUUCCUCUGGGGCGCCAACAUCUGCGACGGGUUCUAUGGGUAAUGGUGUUGCAAUGCCCAUGGUUGGAGGAGCUUCUCCAAUGGGUCCUGCGGCAUCUACUGGAGCCGUUCGUCGAAGUAGUGGCAUGAAUUGGGAUCAACAACAGCAACAGCAAGUGAUGCAUUCUAUGGCUGCAGGGCAUCCUCGGCUUGGUCCAGUUUAUUCAAAUUCUUCGCAAGAUUCGUUGAUCAAUGGAGUUCCUAACGGUACAAAUCAUGGGCAAUCGCAACCCAGUAUGAGUGCAGCUUUGGUACCAGUGAAUGGUGGACCACCACCACAAGUGGCAGCUGCAGGAGCACCAGGUGCAAUGGUUCCCAUGGGAGGAAGUCUAACCGACCAGCAAAUGAUGUUACAAGCAGCACAACAAAACCAAGUCGAUGACGAACCUCUUCCUGCUGGUUGGGAAAUGCGAGUUGAUAAGUAUGGUCGUCGCUACUAUGUAGACCACAACACACGUUCCACGUAUUGGGAAAAGCCGCAACCACUUCCGGCUGGCUGGGAAAUGCGCAGAGAUGCGAGAGGACGAGUCUACUACGUGGAUCACAAUACCCGUACUACGACCUGGCAGCGACCGAAUAGUGAGCGGCUGAUGCAUUUCCAACAUUGGCAAGGCCAACGCCAACACAUCAUAUCCCAAGGCAAUCAACGGUUUCUGUAUCCUCAACAUGCUCAACAAUCCAACACAACAUCGGUGCAAGAGGAAGAUGACGGGCUGGGGCCUCUCCCGGAUGGCUGGGAGAAACGAGUUCAGCCAGAUAAUCGCGUGUACUUCGUCAAUCACAAAAACCGUACAACUCAAUGGGAAGAUCCUCGAACGCAGGGUCAAGAGGUCAACAUGCUUGCUGAAGGCCCACUUCCUCCGGGAUGGGAAAUACGUUAUACAGCCACUGGAGAGCGUUUCUUCGUAGACCACAAUAAUCGGAAAACCACAUUUGAAGAUCCACGGCCUGGUGCACCGAAAGGUGGUAAAGGUGUUUACGGAGUUCCUCGAGCCUAUGAACGAUCAUUCCGAUGGAAGCUCAGUCAAUUCCGGUACCUGUGUCAAAGUAAUGCCCUUGCGUCCCAUAUCAAGAUCACGCUCACCCGGCAAACUCUGUUCGAGGACUCUUACCACCAAAUUAUGCGAUUGCCCGCGUACGAGCUUCGGAGGAGGUUGUACAUUAUCUUCCGAGGAGAAGAGGGCUUGGAUUAUGGCGGCGUGUCGAGAGAAUGGUUCUUCCUAUUGUCUCAUGAAGUCCUUAAUCCAAUGUAUUGUCUGUUUGAAUACGCCAAUAAAAAUAACUACAGCCUGCAGAUCAAUCCCGCAAGUUAUGUCAAUCCGGAUCAUCUGCAGUACUUCAAAUUUAUCGGUCGGUUUAUCGCCAUGGCUCUGUACCAUGGGCGGUUUAUCUAUUCCGGUUUUACAAUGCCGUUCUACAAGCGGAUGCUAAACAAAAAGCUAACUACCAAAGAUAUCGAAUCGAUUGAUCCGGAGUUUUACAACUCGCUGAUAUGGGUUCGGGAUAACAACAUCGAUGAGUGUGGAUUGGAACUGUGGUUUAGUGUAGACUUUGAGGUGCUUGGGCAAAUCAUUCAUCACGAGCUGAAAGAGGAAGGCGAUAAGGAAAAAGUUACGGAAGAGAACAAAGAAGAGUACAUUUCCCUAAUGACCGAGUGGCGAAUGACGAGAGGUAUUGAGGAGCAGACCAAAACCUUUUUGGAUGGUUUCAAUGAGGUGGUGCCUUUGGAGUGGCUGAAGUACUUUGACGAGCGAGAGCUGGAGCUGAUGCUUUGCGGUAUGCAAGAGAUUGACGUCGACGAUUGGCAGCGCAAUUCAAUCUAUAGGCAUUACAAUCGGAACAGUAAACAAGUCGUUUGGUUCUGGCAGUUCGUCCGGGAAACCGACAACGAAAAGCGUGCUCGUUUGCUACAGUUUGUAACCGGAACGUGUCGAGUGCCGGUAGGUGGAUUCGCCGAACUGAUGGGUUCCAACGGGCCUCAACGGUUCUGCAUUGAGAAGGUCGGAAAAGACACGUGGCUUCCGCGGUCACACACCUGCUUCAAUCGGUUGGACUUGCCACCGUACAAGAGCUACGACCAGUUAGUCGAGAAGCUAAACUAUGCAAUCGAGGAAACGGAAGGUUUUGGACAGGAGUAAACAGUCUUCUUUUAGAUUGUUAAGGAUUUGUUGUAGACAAGUGAGAUGGAUGUAAUCUGCAGUGAUACAAAGUUCGCAAUUUGAAUUGAUUAGAACUACGUGGUAUUUUUAUAUUUUAAGUGAAAACUUGUUAUGUUCUCGUUUAUUUGUAAAAUGUAAUUUUAUCAUAUUUAGCAUAUUGUUCAAUCACAGCAUAUUGUAAAUAAGUUAGGAAUCAAAAUUGUAAAAUCCGUUUAGUUUGUCCCUUGAUAUAAAAAUCGUGAUAAAUGGAAUAGAAUUGUAAUAUAUUACAGACCUGAGUGUAUAUAAUAUAUAAAAUAUAAUAUAUAAAAUAGGCCUAGCAAAAUUAGACAAAAGUUUAAACGAAGUACUGUCAGUUCAGCAACAGCAUAGCGAAACCACAAUAAAACUUGUUGUCUAUGAUAAUGGUGGAACCGUACUAGCAAAAAAAAAAGUUUAUUCCAGUAGCUUCUAUGGACGUUCAAUUUUACCAGUCAAUGAUGAUAUCAUCCACCCACAAAACAAUAGAUUUCAAUCCGCAGUUUUAUAUUCUUCUUAAGUUUGCACACGUUACGCGUAGGAAUUCGUUUGGAGGAACAAAAUAUAAGAGGAACAACGUCGGGGCCAUGUUAGAAAUUACCUAAUUGCUGGAUGAACUACUUAGAACACUUUCUGUAAUUGCUUGUCUAAUAAUUGAACAUAAUUUACGAAAAUAAAAUCAUACAAGAUACAUACAAUAGCUAAAAUAUGGGAAGGAGAAAUUCCCAAUUGAUACAUUCAAAUUAAAAAUUCGGAAACAAUAAGACGAUUUUAUCGAAACGUAUACAAAUACGCAAUUUUAUAUAUUUUGAUAAGUUGGAAAGUUUUAUUAAAAAAAGAAAUUCAGUUUCCUUGAUAGCGUUAGAGUCUUCGUUGAUAGCUUUGUUAAAACAACCGUUUUGUACUGCAUUGCGUUUUAGGGACAUAUCUAGGCCGAUUUUUUUAGUGUAAAUAUUUGAUAUACUAAAAGGAAGAAUGAUUUAUAAAAAAGUAUGUUAUUUUUCUGUUUUACAAAUAAAGAUCGAUAUCAGCAAAAAAUA